AUGGCUUCGGUUCCGGAUCUUGUGUCGCAGAUGCACGACACCCUCACGACUAUCCAUUCAACUCUUGCAUCGCUAUCAACCACUUCACACGCAGAGCGCCUCGACGCCCUUGAGCACCAACGCGAACAGGCUCUAUCAUCUCUAUCAUCUACUUUCGAGGCCGAGAAUGACGAUCUCGCCCACAAGCGUCGGGCUACCCGGCAGGAGAUUGCGGAGCGUAGGAGGAGAGAAGACGAAGAGAGAGAGGCAGCUCGGAGGCGGGAAGAUGCCGAGCUAGAGAAUCAAGAACUCGGCGAGGAUACCGAGAGACGAAAGAAGUUUGACAACGAGAGAACGGGCCUGGAAGAAGAAGUGGAGAAGGAGAUGGAAGGUGUAGAGAGAGAGGCUGGAGCCAUGUUGGAAGAAGGAAGACGUACCUUGGAGGCUCUUGAGGAGAAGCGCAGAGAGCUCAAUCGCUUGAUUGAUGAACAGCUCAAGAUGCCGCUGCCUGCUGCCCCGACAAGACGAAGGGGCCGGAGCAGCCUCGACCAGACGCCCUUGAACCAAGCAGUGGCCGCCAACAGUAAGCCGCCCGAGUCUAUAGCAGACAUAACUGACCGGAACGUCAGUAGUAACACUCCAUUGAAGGCUCGUGAGGCAGACACAGGAUCUGCAACGGCAUCGGAACCCGUCAGAGACGUCGAUAUUGGCGGCAUUCGGGCCUUGGACAAGCCCGAGACCGAGACCGAGGUGACUCAAGGGCAUGACGAUUCCGCAGGGGAUCCGCCAUCAUCCCCAAAGUCAAGACCUAGCUCGCUUCUUGGAAAGAUGGGCAACGCAGUCUUGUCACUUGUUGGAUCCAGCGAUAACGACGAGGAAAAGAGACGGUCAGGCAGCCCCGAGGGGUAUCGUCCUGAGUGGUCUGCACCAGGUGGCUACCCUCUAUCGGAUGUCCAAUCACCGCUGGAAAACACUCAGGUCAACAGUCCGGUUGCUGAAACCGAUCAUGGUCAACAUGUCCCAGACCCUGAGCCUGAUCUCGUCUCCAUGGCCAAACAAGUACCCCUCCCGGAGGACCGCGAUGCCCAGUCGGCAGACGACAUUCAGCAGGAUACUGUUACUCCAGCCGGCGACCCACAUCUAGACGUCGUUGAUCGCAAUCACAACUUGGAGAUGCUAGACGCAGGUUCUGCUCCAGAAGAGAUGGACACAUCUGCCGUUGGGAAGUUACAUCAAGAUCAAGAUGUUGUGCCAGAAGCGCAACUCGAUCUCUCCGGCAAGGAGCCCAUAAAAGGAACUAUGACGCAUGGAAUGGAUGAGCCAGAACGCCUGGUACUGCUGAGAAGCGAGAGCGACAUCCGUGCACGAGAAUCGGACACGGAUGGACAACAGAUGGAUGCGGAUGCAACUGUGCAAGCCGAGACAGAACAUGUCAUUGAGGAGACACCAGAUUCCGAGGUCGGCCAGGGUUCUCACCAGGAGGGCGUCGUCGGCUCCAGCGAAGAACCUGGCUCUGCUCUGUUAUCCGCAGACAAGCUCGAAGUGGCCGAGCAAAUUGCCUCACACACAGACCAUCCCUUUCGAGAGGACGACGAUGGGGGAGCAGUUCCAUCAUCAGAGGUGGUCCACGAGGACAUCGUGGAUCAGUCCAGCGACACCAGCACCGCCGUCGAUGAGCACGGCCCAAACGACAAUGCCUACCAAGAAUCAGUUGAGCAUGGUAGCGAAGGAGCAGCGGACGAGAAGCUUUAUCACAGCGACGCAUCCAGUCCGGUCCGAACUCCCAGGUCGGCAGUGGGCCAUCACGAAUUGGAUGGCACGACCGUGGAAGAAGUGAUUGACGCCGACAGAGCGCUGAGCCCAGUGCCAGGCCAGUCCAAGCUGGGCCACAUGGAGCAGGAAAAGAAAAAUUUUGCCCUGCCUGAGCCAGCCUCGAUACAUGUGAAUGGUGAAACUGGGGUGGACUAUUGGGACGAAAAAGCCACGGCACCUCAGAUUGAGUAUGUCCCCGGGGGCGGUGCCACCUCUGAGAACGAUCCUGAACAUUCGCAGGAUUCGACAACUGCCCACGAGCCUCGAGCUUGUGGUGACGUACCCGUAUACGAAGAUCGCGGCGCGAUAGAUGAAAGUGCCGAUGGCCCGACGUCACUCGUUGAACAGCUGCCAGUUAGCGAUAGGUCUUCUGCAUCUGAAAUGUUGGAAGAAACUGGUACAAACCAGUCACGCCUCAUCUCUGACGAGACAGAGACCGAGUCUUCCACCCCCAUGGCAUCCAGUAGCCUGACGGAGAAGGAGUCAGACAUGUUUGUCACUCCACUGGAGUCCGCUGUAACAGAGUUCCCCUCCAACCCAGAUCUGGCGACAGUCGAGUUGGACCAACAUCGAGUGGAUCUGGCCAACAAGCCUCUGAAGCGUUCCGGGGCAGAUCAGGGAGAACUGCAGCAUCCCAGUACCGAUAUUGGCGACGGUUCCAAUGGGAUUGAGAGUGAAAGUGCUGCUACUGUUCAAGGGCAAGAACAUCUCUUCGAUUUAGAUGACGAAGAGGAAGAUGAUCAGGGGUCAGACGUGGAGUAUGGGGACAGAGCGAGUGACUCGGAAACCGUUGAAACGUUGCCUCGUGAAAGAGAAAGUGAUCGUCAUCUCGACAAUGGCCAUCAUACAUCAGCAACGAGUUUGGAGGGCAUCCCCGACAACAGCUCUGCUGAGGAGAAGACGAAGCCCUUUCUCGGCGGUGCAAAAGAGGAAACUGCAGCAAAGGCAGCAAUUGACAGCAGCCAAACUUUUUGUGCGCCCCUUCAGUUUCAAGAGAUGUCCCUGCCUCAUGACGAACGAAGGGAAACGGACAAGAGAUUCGUGGUCGACAAGAGCAGUCCGGAGGACAACGCGACAGGAACAUCUCAAGGGAACGACGAGCGUGUGAACACCGGGCUCCAGCCUUCGCCGCUGAGCCGAGAUGAGAUGAAGUCGCCUGUCAAGGGCCUAGCCGACAGCCGCCAUGCUCCGGCGAGGCCAGCUCCUCCUCUCACGCCGCCGAGGCAAACACCAAAGCGGGAGAGGCAAGACUCAGACGCCAGUCUGUUUACUCCUCGUGAUGUGACAAAUAUUCCGUGGCACUCGCGGAACGAGAUGACCCCGGUGUCGCUGCAUGACCGCACCCUGUCGUCAGCUUCCACGUCUGAGCCCCUGUACGAUCCGCCGCUCGGCGGCAAUUAUGAUUCGGACAUCCGGGAGACUGGAGACAGUGCUUCUGUCGCUCAUGGCAGGAACAGCCAAGGAAGGACCGCGAUGUUGGCAAAGUGGCAAGAGCGAGAGUCCUCCCCAGCGAUCACGCCACCGCCUCAGCCGGCAAGCAACCGCAGCUCGGUUGCCUCGGCAGCAUCGUCGAACCUCUUCCAAAAGAUGCGCAACAUCUUUGAGCAGCCGCAGGGGAGCAGCACGCCCGUUGGUUCGAGGCACAAUUCUGUAGGCGACGGCGGGAGUCCCACACUAACGAGGCCGGCGUCGGGUACCUGGCUUCGACGACAGGAGGCCACCGCUGCCUCGGAAAAGCAAAGAUUGCUCGGCGAGGACGAGGAUGAACAGCACCAGCGGCGGGUAGACGAAAGGAGCGCCCUGCUGAGCUCGUACUGA